ACAACGUUUUAUUUUGCAUAUAAGCAAUAAUCAUCAUUUGAAUGUUUGUUUUUUUCUGCACGGGUAACACUCUUUUACUAGCAGAUCGCCUUCCGCGAAAAAUAGCAAUCAACUACAAACAGCAUUAAAAUAGCAUGCACAACUUCAUAUUUAAAAGCAAAACUGUGUCAUUGGAAAGAAAGCAGUGUUUUCAAAAUACUGUUUACAUCUAAAUACGAAUAAAAACACUCACCCCACUGCCAGACGCCAUGUUAAUGACAAUUUCCGGUUUGGAGGACUCUGUUUGCCAACUCUUAGGAUGACAGCGCCACCUGUUGUAUCGGAGAAGCGUGUUUACGACUAGGCUGACAAAAAAGACGAUUGCUUUUGGCCACAAAGUCCGAAAUGAAUCUCAGUUUGAAUUUUAGGGGGGCAAAUGGGUAAAGAAAUUGUUCUAAAUCCACUUAGAUUAUCACAAUAGCACUUCAUUAUUAGGUUGUUUUUGUUAUAUUAAAAUAAACGGGUGAUGGGCCACGCCCCAACAGGUGCGUCUCAUUAAAUUAUCUGCUAAAAUGGAAAAUGGCGUCUGUUCGUCUGAAGUGAAGGCCAAAAUUCAAAAUUGCCAACAUGUCAAGCAGCGGAGUGGAAACUCCAGCACAGAGCCCGCUGCUCUCUUCCAGUUUCUGUUUCAGCCCGCGACCAUGCGUUUGUGUAAAGGGCUGGUCGACGGCCAUGUGGAAUGGUGAACCUUUGCUGGCAGCAGCUGGAUGCACAGCCCCAGAGCCUUGGCUCCUCCCUGGCUGCAGCUCCGUCUAUGACAGUCUGGUCAGUAACGUCUCUCCGAUCCCGAUGUCUCCAACAAUAGACCUGCGAGGAGAGAGAGCUGUCAACAACAAACCACGCAGGCCGUCCAUCUUGGAGCGUUGCAUCCUCAAAGUAUCCACGAGCAAUAUAGCUGUAGGAACGGAUGAUCUGGACAAGAGCAGGCCGCCUCUGAGUCGCUGCUACCCUCGCAUCCCAGACCUGAGCAACACGGAGACAAACACAGCGGUUCUUAAGCGCCGACAGAAACAGAUCCUCUACGGCAAGAACACCAGCGGCUACCAGAACUACCUGCAGCAAGUGCCCAAACACUUGAGAGACCCCAAGCUCCACCCCUCCACCCCCAACAAGUUCAGGAAGUACAGCAGGCGCUCCUGGGAUAUGCAAGUGCGUCUGUGGAGAAGAGCGCUGCACCAGUGGGACCCGCCCAGCCACACCCCGCCGGAGACCAUCGAUGCUCUUGACCCUGUGGAGCAACUACAAAACCAGCUGGCAAGGAUGACCUCUGACUUGUGUGACGAUGGAGGAGAGAAACUGAGUGAGGAGACCUUGGUGCCCUCUAAGGCCUCCUCAGUGUCUCCCCUGUCAGGCGAGAUGUCGUCGGGCACCUGGAAUGUUCCACUAUCACCGGAGCCUGAGAGGAGCUGCCAACCUCCUCACUCCCCCCCUGGCCUCAGCUGCUCCUUCAGGAUCCAGCUGACUAAUGACAAUGUGACCGACUGGCUCCGCCUCCAGCUUGAGGCUGACUAUGCUGGAGAUUUCGAUGUUGAUGACCAGCAGGUCCCUGUCGUUUUGGACCAGUUCUUAUGGAAUCACUACUGAUUGUCCAUCGCUGUAACUAGCCUAGUGGAGUCAUCGCAGAGCAAGCGAGAUGCUGGAUACAUAGUCUGUACUUUAAUCUUUGUGUGUGUGUUUCCAGUAUAUUUGUCUUUUUUAAGAAACACAGGAUUUAAAAAUGAGAUGGGUGGGGGGGAUGUGAUUUUGGUCCUUGGCGGGGAUGGAUAAGAUUUCCCAGCUGGUGUUGCAGGCAUCCCGGUGUUUAACAGACUGUCGACUUGACACACUGACCGAGCAUGUUUGUCAUUUGCACACUUAUGUUCACUGCACUUUUUACCUGUGCUGUUAUCGUUCCUCAAACGUAUGCACUUGGUAAGCUGCUAAUUUAGUAUUUAAACACUUUUGUUUUGCUGUCACUUUCUGGCCUCUGUAGAGGCUGCUCAUUUUUUUUUUUUCUUCCCACGUUCACCUUUUUGUGCUCUGAUCAGGCUGCUUCCAACCAUCUUUUCUUUUUUAUUUGUUUCAUGUGUGCUGCUUUUGA